GGCCCCGCCGCCAUGAAGUUGAACCAGCGCAGCCUGGCCUUCCACGCCACCUGCGACGCGCCGGCCGACAACGCGGGCUUCCUGUACAAGAAGGGCGGCCGGCAUGCGGCCCACCACCGCCGCUGGUCUGUACCGCGCGGCACCAUGCUCUUCUGCUUCGGGGACGCGGCCGGCCGUGAGCCCGUGGGAGUCAUCAUCCUGGAGGGCUGCACCGUGGAGCUGGUGGAGGCGGCCGAGGAGUUCGCCUUCGACGUGCGCUUCGCUGGGGCCCGGGCCCACACCUACGUGCUGGCGGCCGAGAGCCAGGCCGCCAUGGAGGGCUGGGUGAAGGCGCUGUCGCGGGCCAGCUUCGACUACCUGCGGCUGGUGGUGCGCGAGCUGGGACACCGGUUGGCGGCCGCGCGCGCAGCCGGCCCACUCCCGCCCCGCCGACCCCACGCACUCCCGCCCCGCCGACCCCACGCACUCCCGCCCCGCCGACCCCACGCGCUCCCGCCCAAGGAGGACGGCUGUGCCUUGUGGAGCGCGGAGAUCCCCGCCCCCGCCGCCGCCCCCGCUGGCGCCGCCCCCAGACCCCUGCCCGGCCCCGAGCCCCCGCCACUACCGCCCUGCCGGCGGGCCUCGGCGCCCAGCGGGCCUCUCGACUCGGCCUCCUUCGCCCAGCUGCACGAGUGGUACGGGCCGGAGGUCAGGGCGCUGAGGGGCCAGUGGCUCCGCAGCCAGGCCCAGCCCUGA